AUGACUGCACAUGAAGCUAUCGCUUGGAUGAGGAUAUGUCGUCCUGGCUCUGUAAUAGGGCACCAACAGGAUUGGUUAGAGCAGCUUGAAGCGUGGCUUUUAAAACAGGGAAAUUCAUAUAGAAAACGUUUAUAUGGCGAUACAAAUCGGCUUCCCACGCACGAGUUUGGAAUAUACUCGAUUGCUGAGAAGAUUAAUAAACAGAAACCGGUAGUUUUUAGUAAAUCACCUUCACCCUCACCACCACCUCCGUUGCAAAGACCAAGUGUAAGAUCUGAAACAUCUCCUCCAGCGCGGCCCCAAGCUUCAAAGACCAGAGAUGAAAAACAUGAAAACGAAGAUGAGGAGGUUUUUAUUACAUCAUGUGAUUUAACGCUUAAGCCUAUAGAACCUCAAACUCAGUUAAAAGGAUGCGUCAUCAAAAAUAGUACAAUUUCGGAGAACGAUGAAGUUACUAACAAAACGCCCGAGAAGAAGUUCGACUGGAAUGUGAAAGUAAACUCUCCAAAAAACACACAAAAAGGAGACCAGCCAGCAACGGCAUUACGUCGUGGUAGUGGAGCUGGAGAACCACGUGGAUCUCGAAACUUGUCCCGCUGUACGACUCCAAAAAUACAAGCAAAAAAUAGCACAAAAACUAUUGAUUCAAGUAAAAACACUACGUAUGGUCCGAUGCCUACUUUCCGGACUUCAGAAGGACCUCUGAUAAAAAAUGUGGCUGAUGCUAAGAACUUUUUGAUGAGGAGCAGUUUGUGUAGCGAACAAAAAAAACAACAUUUAUCAUCAGCCAUCACAGUUACGCCACAGUAUUCAUAUAGAUUUUCUAAAUUAGAAAACGAGAAGCCAUAUGCAAAUGUGAUCAAUAAACCGACAUCCUCAGCUACUGCAAGUAAAUACUCAUCACAAUUUAGACGUCGUCUUGGUCGGAGUCCAAGUCCCUUGCCUAUACGAUACACAGAACAAUCUCGUGCGACAAAUACUCCUACUCCGUCUACUGACAAAUUUUUGGCUAGAGAUUCUAAGGCUGCAUUACAAGAAGCAUUAUCCAGGCUAAAAUUAUCAAGAGCAUUGCGACCUCUCAAAUCAUUUAAUAUCGAGAAUAGGGCUCACCGGGUCAUAUCGAAGGAAAAACCAAAAGUGGCACCAAAAUAUCCAUCUACCUUUGAAGAUCUGCAAAGGGUGCAAGAAGCUGUACCCGACAUAGACGACAAAUUGGAUAAAAAGAAUCAAGAUCUGGAUCAGCGACUUAAAGAUGUUUAUGUAACCUCAACUGGUAUCCCAGAAGAUGAUAUCACACGAAAAAAGAAAGAUGAAAAUCCUGAUAGACCAUUACCGAAUGACAGAAAACCUUUAGAGGACUUUGAUUUUGGCUUAAAGGAGCCUGAGAAAAUUACCUAUGGACGUACAACGCUAAGAAAAAGUCUAGAAUACAUUUCGUCACAUCAAAUGAAUCCUGAUGAAGCGACACCAGCAAAAAUAGCCUUUGAAUACAAAUUAAAGGAAAAGGAUGUUGAGAAUAUACUUAAAUAUUUCAAAACAUUUGAAAUUUAUAUCCCCGAAACUAAGAACACUAAUGCUGUUUUUGCUGGACCAUUAACAGAAAGAAAAAAAUUGAUGGAACAUUCUGUUGGAAAAAUUGAAGCAAAAAAAGAUGUUAAAGUUAAGAAAAAGGAGAAAGGUGCAUGUAACUUUUAUAUUGGUCCAUUCUGUUAUGUAGUGGCAGGUCCGAGAGACGGUUCUAUAGGCGCAGCAUCACUAGGAGCUCGAAGAGACGCACCAGCCGUCCGUAGGGCUCCGUCUGUCCGCUCUGACGAAAGACCAACAGCUACGCAGGGGGAUAUGCUUAAUAGUAUCAAGUUCCAGCGGAGAUUUCGUGAGAUUGAUAAGCCGUCGAUGCACGACAAAGUUCUCACAAAAGAAAGACCGAGUAUACGCGUAGUAAACUCAAGAACGAGCACCAUGGCCAACAGAGGAACCACACACGAGAUGAGCUCUAUGGGUCGUUCCAGCAGCCCCACAAGAAGUUUCCUGAGCCCACGACCGGCUUCGCCCAGGGGUCGCCGUCAAAUGUCAAAUUUCGACAAAUCUUAA